AUGGCCGCACCAAUGCCCUCAUCCGAGUCCGCUGUUGCCGCUGAAUCGCUGCCCCUCCAAGCUCGCUCGGAAACGGGCGGACUAACCAGGCGGGGGAGGAAGGACAAGGGGAAGGCACCGAUGGUGCAGCAAGAGCCUUUGGAGUCUUCGAGGCCACCACGACAGGGGCCCCAGGAAUGGCCGCGUGAGCCGGUUACGAUUAAGUACAACGACGACCACUAUCCUUCAAAUCUUGCAUACUCGGCUCCGGCUCCAAAUUGGUAUCACAGCACCUACCCGCAGCAGCAUGAAUACGGAAAGACAACUUAUUCAAACCACAUGCAGGGUGAGGGAAUCCAGGGCAAGCAUUCCCUCGAGGCUUACGGCGAGGGCUACUAA